ACCGAAGAGCCCGCGGAUUAGCGACUUGUGUAGCUUGACCGGUGCCCAUGGAGCAAGCUCCGGAGUUAUAGUUCGAGCGUAGCGCCAGAAUCUGUUUCGGAGCUGCUGUGUUGCACGGAGUAUCCUGUUCCUGCCUCAAUCUCGCUGAGUCGGGCAAACAUGACCAUCAUCGUGGAUCAGCUGCAAUGGUUCCAUCGUGGAGUCAUGGAGAACACGGACCCUCGAGUAGCCGACUGGCCGCUCAUGGGGAAUCCUGCCUCCAUUCUGAUGAUAGUAGCCUGCUACGUUUACUUCGUGAAGAUUCUCGGUCCCAACCACAUGAAGGAACGGAAAGCCUACCGGGUGAAGAACCUGAUCAUCGCCUACAAUGUGUUCAUGGUGCUCGCCAACGCGUGGUUCUUCCUCUACGGGGGUAGCUACACGUAUCUCGGCGGAGGAUACUCGUGGUUUUGCGAGCCUGCCAACUACGGUACGGACCCGAAACAGAUGACCAUCAUCUCGAUCGGAUGGUGGUAUAUGCUGCUGAAGAUCGUCGAGUUGAUGGAUACCGUAUUCUUCGUGCUGACGAAGAAGUUCUCCCACAUCACGCUUCUCCACGUUAUCCACCAUUCUUUGGUGGCUAGUUCUGUCUGGUUUGGUGUGAACUUCGGUGCGACUGGUCAGAACGCGUUCUUCCCAUUGGUCAACUGCGUAAUCCACUGUGUCAUGUAUGCUUAUUACGCGAUGGCAGCAUUGGGUCUCCAAAGGUACCUCUGGUGGAAACGCUAUCUCACCUUGAUGCAGAUGUCGCAGUUCAUCUCGCUCAUCAUCCACGGAUCGAUCCCUGUGUUCUACGACUGUGGCUUCCCACCCUACUUCGGAUACCUGACGAUCUUCGAGGCUGCACUGUUCUUCGGUCUCUUCUUCAACUUCUACAUGAACACUUACAAGAAGAAGCCGGCUGUCCUGAGAAAUGAAGGGGGCGUGGAUGUCGCCGCGAAAACUAUCAAGGCGCAUUGAGAACCCGGUCGCCGAGCGAUCCCCGGAAGGAUUCGGAGGGUUUCCGAAUUCUCGAGGGCUUGAGUCGCGGCUCUUCGGUCAUCUCGUUGUAAUCGUAGAGCUUCCGUAUAAUUGUGAAUUGAGAAAAAAAUCUAGAAUACGAGCUCUGUGGAAGAAUUCUAGAAUACGAGUUCUGGAAACGGAAGGAAGGAAGUGAGGGAGGAAGUUUGUAUCUCUUGUGUUGAGAGUAAUCAGUGUAUGGAGGAAGAAAUAUGUAUCCAAUGAUUGUUUGUGAACACUCAUCUCUUGGCCGCCUUGUUAAACUCGUAAGAGAUGACAGAUCUGUUUCCGCAUACGGAAGUUCCUGUUUAGAAAGAAGUGUAUCCGUGCGACCCGGCGUACUCCGUUCGUUGCUGCACACGUACACGCAUUUGACGGCGUCGACUCGGGGUCGACUUGUGAAUAAACAGCUGUCGA